AUGACCGAAGCGAGCAGACUUGCCAACUCUGAGGUUAAGGCUUCCAUACCAAACUCGCUAACGCUACCGAAGGUCCAGUUUUUCUCUUGGUUCUUGAUAUGGAAAAUCCCAAGUCUCAAGCUACUCAAAAACAUCGUGAGUUGCGAUGAAAAUUGGGAGCUGGAUAGCGCUUCUGUGGUGCAGCUCUUUUCCACAACGAGAAACACUAGGAAUCGCGAAUGGAUAGUGCUGUUUCCUGAAGUGAACAUAUGGACCAGGUCAGACGCUGACACACAAAACACUAUGUGGCAGAAAUACUAUCUUCCCCAGCUGACCAAUGUGUUGUAUCCACGAUUUUCGGGAACAAUCAAUACUCUUUCAGCUUUGAGGAGUACUGCAUUCACCAGACUAUACGACGUGACUAUCCUCUACUCCAGGAAAACACAUGACUGGGAUGAACUUGAUGGUCCCGGAAUGGAAGGAGUUUUCAAACCACCUAGUCUGCUUGAAAUACUUUGCUCAAAGCCCUCGACUUUUAAAAUUCAUAUUCACGUCAAGGCAAGACUCACAUCCAGACUUCCUGUGAAGAGGAGGAGAAUGGAGAAAUGGAUCGAGAAAACCUGGUUCGAGAAGGAUAUCUUGCUCGAGACCAUGAAGCAAGAGAGUCUAGCAGAAACUCAGCCACUGCCAUUGCCAUAA